AUGGGCUCCGCAGUCGAACAAUCGGAAAACUUGCAUCAACUUGCCUCAAGCAGCUCACCGGAAGACAAAGAAGAUGUGGCGACUCACAAACGUGCCCGUGCGGACACUUCUCCCCGAUCAAACCAUGGGCGUCCCGGUCCAUUGGAGGCCCCUCACACUCGACACCGGCUUACCUCAGUCGAAACAGUCGAGUUCAGGUGGGAAGAAGACUUGCAUGUCGACCUGGUUGGAUUGGUGCGUCAAUGGAGCGACAAACAUGCUCACGUAAUGGCGGAAGCGGGCGGACCCGGAACCCAAGACCUCAUGCACCAAUACAUCAAAGCAUACCUGGAGACGGCCGCCGCAUUCCCUCGGCUUCGAUCCAUUCAUAUUCAUGAACUCAGGUCUGAGUACCAAAAAUUGAUAGGUCGAUGGAUGAAAGUGGCAGAGCGACUCACUUUGGAGACCUUGGACUUGGGCGACGCGGUUGAACAGCGCAUUCAAAGAAGAGGGAUGUCAUCUACGUUGUUCUUGAAGAUGAAACAGGAUAUUGAACAUCCGCGAUUGGUCAACGUGGCCCCUUUACUUGGCCAACCUCCACAAAAGCCCCCGAUAGAUGUGGCGGAAUGUGCAUAUUUAUUAAUCCAUGUGGCUCGGAUGGAUUUGCAAGCACGCGUGGCCUCUUCGGUCCUUCGUCGAGAACGGGAGCGGGCCGAUUUGAACAUCAGUCAUGCGCAAGUACGAAUAAGAUUGAAUGAGCUUCUUCAAGACAUUUCUCAAGAGGAUAAAAAAUUGAGAGAUGCACAUGAGGAAGAGUUUCGGCGUGAGAAUCAGCAAGAAGAAGAAUAUGUUGAUUCUUAUUUCACAUUGUUCUAUAAUAGCACCCCGCACUAA